CGGGCGAGGGGCCAGGGGCGGGACUCUCAGGACUGGGAGGCCCGCGAGGGCCGGGGGACGGGCGGUCCAGGCUAAGCCCCGGCGCCCCGACCACGCGCCCGCCAUGCCCGAGCAGCUCAGCGUCGCAGAGUUCCUGGCCGUCACUGCAGAGGACCUCAGCUCCCCGGCCGGGGCUGCCGCCUUCGCCGCCAAGAUGCCCCGGUGCCGCGGGGCAGCACUGGCGCGGGAGGAGAUGCUGGAAGGAGACCAGGCCAUCCUACAGAGAAUAAAGAAGGCUGUGCGGGCGAUCCAUAGCUCCGGCCUCGGGCACGUGGAGAACGAGGAGCAGUACCGAGAGGCCGUGGAGUCCUUGGGCAACAGCCACCUGUCUCAAAACAGUCACGAGCUGUCCACCGGCUUCCUGAACUUGGCCGUGUUCACCCGUGAGGUGGCCGCGCUCUUCAAGAACCUGGUUCAGAACCUGAACAACAUUGUCUCUUUCCCCCUGGACAGUCUGUUGAAGGGGCAGCUGAGGGACGGGCGACAGGAUUCCAAAAAGCAACUGGAGAAGGCAUGGAAGGACUACGAAGCCAAAAUGGCCAGGAUGGAGAAGGAGAGGGACCGGGCCAGGGUGACAGGAGGGAGUGCCGGGGAGGUGGCGCAGGACACCCAGAGAGAGCGACGCGUCUUCCAGCUGCACAUGUGUGAGUAUCUGCUGAAAGCCGGGGAGAGCCAGAUGAAGCAAGGUCCUGAUUUCCUGCAGAGCCUCAUCAAGUUCUUCCACGCCCAGCACAACUUUUUCCAAGAUGGCUGGAAGGCUGCUCAGAGCCUGUCCCCCUUCAUUGAGAAGCUGGCAGCCUCAGUACACGCACUGCAUCAAGCCCAGGAGGAGGAGCUACAGAAGCUGACCCAGCUCCGGGACUCCCUUCGAGGGACGCUGCAGCUUGAGAGCAGAGAAGAGACUCUGAGCCGGAAGAACUCAGGAGGUGGCUACAGCAUCCACCAGCACCAAGGCAACAAGCAGUUUGGGACAGAGAAGGUGGGCUUUCUGUACAAGAAAAGUGAUGGAAUUCGAAGAGUCUGGCAGAAAAGGAAGUGUGGAGUCAAGUAUGGCUGCCUGACCAUCUCACACAGCACGAUAAACCGGCCACCAGUGAAGCUGACCUUGCUGACGUGCCAAGUGAGGCCAAACCCUGAGGAGAAAAAGUGCUUUGACCUGGUGACCCACAACAGGACAUACCACUUCCAGGCGGAGGACGAACAUGAGUGUGAGGCGUGGGUGUCAGUGCUGCAGAACAGCAAGGACGAAGCCUUGAGUAGUGCCUUUCUGGGGGAGCCCAGCGGCGGCCCGGGGCCCUGGGGGGGCGCCGGGCUGGACGGGGAGCCCCAGGACCUCACCAAGCUGCUCAUCGCCGAGGUCAAGAGCAGGCCCGGGAAUGGCCAGUGCUGCGACUGCGGGGCUGCAGACCCCACUUGGCUCAGCACCAACCUGGGCGUGCUCACCUGCAUCCAGUGCUCCGGCGUUCACCGCGAGCUGGGCGUGCGCUUCUCACGCAUGCAGUCCCUCACCUUGGACCUGCUGGGCCCCUCCGAGCUGUUGCUGGCCUUGAACAUCGGAAACACUCGCUUCAAUGAGGUCAUGGAGGCCCAGCUGCCCUCGCACGGCGGCCCUAAACCCUCAACUGAGAGUGACAUGAGCACCCGCAGGGACUAUAUCGUGGCCAAGUAUGUGGAACACAGGUUUGCCCGGCGGUCCACCCCCGAGCCUCAGAGACUCUGGACGGCCAUUUGCAACCGGGACCUCCUGUCAGUACUGGAGGCCUUCGCUAAUGGGCAGGACUUUGGACAGCCACUGCCGGGGCCUGAGGGGCAGGCACCUGGAGAGCUCGCCCUGCACUUGGCUGUCAGAGUCACCAACCAGGCCUCCCUGCCCCUGGUGGAUUUCAUCAUCCAAAACGGUGGUCACCUGGAUGCCAAGGCUGCUGACGGGAACAGCGCCCUGCACUGCGCUGCUCUCUACAACCAACCCGACUGCCUCAAGCUGCUGCUGAAAGGGAGAGCCUCACUUGGCACAGUGAACGAGGCAGGAGAGACAGCUCUGGACAUAGCCAGGAAGAAGCAGCACAAAGAGUGUGAGGACCUGCUGGAGCAGGCCCAUGCCGGGACCCUCGCCUUCCCCCUGCACCUGGACUACCCCUGGGGGAUCUCCACAGAGCCUGGCUCUGACAGUGAGGAGGAUGAGGAAGAGAAGCAGCGCUGCCCGCUGAAGCCGCCAGCCCAGGUCCGCUGGGCCAGCGGGAGGCUGGACAUCAGCAACAAGACCUACGAGACCAUCGCCAGCCUGGGACCAGCUGCCCCUAAGAUCCAGAGUGAGGAUUGCCCCCCACCUUUGCCGGUCAAAAACCCUUCUCGGACCAUGGCCCAAGGGCGUGCGGGACAUGCCAGUGGAGAUCGUUCCGAAGUUCCCAGCCUGAGCUCGGAGUCUGCUGGGGUCCCUGAGAACCUGAGCAGUCCAGCCUCCUCCUCCUGCAGCCUCACAAGCCCCGUGGAACCUGGGGGUCCCAACCAAACCCUACCCAGCUCUGAAGAGGGCCUCUGGGAGCCCCCGGGCCCCUCCCGACCCAGCCUGACAUCUGGAACCACCCCUUCAGAGAUGUAUCCCCCUGUCAGGUUCAGCUCUGAGAGCACUCGCUCCUAUCGGCGGGGGGGCCGGAGCCUGGAGGACUGUCCUUCAGCCCGGCAGCCUCUACCCAGAAGGAACAUGCCGGUAAGACUCCGGGACUGUGGUUUGAAGGGCGGUGAAAGGGUACGUGGGAGGCAGAGCUGGUCAAGAGUAAGUGUAUUAGGGCGGCAGACCUCUGUCCAGGACUGGGGGCAGCCAUCAUUUGCCCAGUCCCUGUCCUGUUGCUCCUCCUUCCCCAGUCCAGGAUGGGUGCAGCUGGGGAGAGCCCAGGCCUUGAGAGGCGGCAGAGAUGACAAGGCCCAAGCUCUGACUGUUCCCCAAAGGAGGGUGAGCAAAGCUGUGUCAGCCAGGCUGGUCGCUCAGAGAAGGAAGCACUCCCUGCAGACGAGGAAGGAUUAGGGUGGCCGUGUACCAGCCAUUGGUUUGCACAACUCUCCUCUUAUACAGGAGUCUCCUGGAAUCCACUGAAACUUCCAGGCAUAGAGGGAUGUGACAGGGACAAGGCAAGAGCUGUCAUCCUUAAUCCAGCUUCUCCCUGCUGAAUCAGUCUCGCACAAUCAUACAUAUUUAGAUGAGGAGCCUGGGAGUGGGCAUAGGACAGAGGCAGUUGUGCCGAGAAGGAAGCCAUCUCUGCUCCUGGUUCCCCUGGGGAUUUGUCGGGGUUGGCAUUGGUUGUCUGUGUUGAGAGUAGGGGAUGGAAGGAGCUGGGUCUCUCUAGGGAAUCAUCAUCCUCAAGUCUAUCAGAGUCAGGUACCAGACACAAAUGUGUGUCUACAACCAGGUGUCCAUCACCCAGCAUUUAGUUGAUGCCUGUUGUUGAGACGUGUGUGAUAAUAAGAGCCUGGCCUUUGAAGCGUGGAGGUCUUGGAAAAGUGGCUUCUUCAAGCUUCAGCAUGAAGCUUCUUCAAGCUUCAGCUUCAUCUGUAAAAUAGGGAUAAUUUCAUGUUCCCACAAUAGGACCUUUUGAAACUGAGUGAGAUAAACAGCUGGUGUGUAACAGGUGCUUAAGAAAUGUCAAUUUUCAUCCUUCUCUUCCCAGGUUGGCUUCACUGAAGGAGACGGUUCAAGGACUGGGGUUCUCCCAGCAAGUUCUGUGCAGCUUUUGCAAGACUAGCUCCUUACUAGCCCUUGCACGCCUGAACCACCCCCAUGCUGGAUGCCAGCAUUCAGAGCUAGGACUUGAGCCUACAAGACUGGGAGCUGAGGUGUUUAUGCCCUGGGGUCUUGCUGUCUCUGUCCCUUGUGCCUCUGUGGCUGGCCUUCCUCCCUGACAUGGGCCCACGCCCCUGCCAAGGACACUGGGCCCCUCCAUGUUAGGGCUGAUGGUGGUUUGUCUCCAUCUCAUACCUGCCAGGGACCAGGGAGCCCUAUGGCUGGACCCAAGUGCUCCUGACCCAGCUCCAACUGCAGAACCUCCAGUCCCUCAUCAGACCAGAACUGUGUUUCUUCCAUCAGUCUGGGGGCUCUAACCUGCCUUCAUUAUUCUGCAGGCCAGGGAUUCUGCCAGACUAGGGACUGUCUUCUCAGCCAUUCACUAGCCUGGUAUUCUUUGACUGAGUUCUGGCUCUGUCCAUUCCUGUGCUAGGCACUGCAGAUGUCACAGGAAUAAGACAAAGGUCCUAAAGAUGUGGUCCCUUUCUGGGCAGCCGGUCCCACGAAUUAGGCUUGGAAAUGGACAGGGCAGGAUUCCAGAGGAUGGUCCUGGGCCUAGGGGCAGACUGACAAUCAGCUGGCUUGCACCUGAAUAGCACUGCAGUUGUCUACAGCCUGUAUCCAUUCUGGUUUCUCAGUGCCCAUGCUGUACUGGCUGUUAAAUAAAUAUUCUGAAUAUCACUCCUUUUGAGGGACAGCACAGCCUUGCUGGGGACCUCUGUUAUAAUAGAUUCCCAGCCAGGAAGUAGAGGAGGGUUCACCCCAUUUGCUUACUCUCCUUGAUUUAGCAAGAAUGAAAGGAAUAGUCUGGAAUGAUUAUCCUCACUUCUUUCCUCUUUCUCAGUCAACUCAGGAACCUUCCAGUCUCGGGGCAGGAAAGGGCCAAGAAAGGAGAAAGGAGAGUGAUAGAAAUGGAGGGUGGAGACUUAAAGGUUCUACUUCCCAGCGCCAGAAAUUCCACCGUCGCUUUCAGGCCCAUAUUGGAAAACAGAUACACCUAAGCCACCAUCAGUCUCUAAGAGGUCAGCUUUAUAGGCCCUGGGCGCUGGGAUGGACCAGGACAAACAGGGGAGGCCAGAGGAUGCCAAUGGCCAAUGCAGCAGCCUGGUCCGGGAGGCUGCGCUGUUUACCCUGGAGACCUGACAGGUCUGUGAUCCCACAGGAGCGAGGUUGUCUUCAGAGCCCCCAGUGUCUUGUUAUUUCACUCAUCUCUAAUAAAAGAUUUUUCAG